UCUCUCUCUCUCCUACUUUUGUUUUCUUCCUCUUUAGUCUCCCUGUGCCCAUAUUAAUAUCCCAGAUAAGUUUUAUUCUCCUUUUCUUUCUUGACCUCAUUUUCUUGCUCUCCUCCGUAUUUCCAAUCAAAAAAAAAAAAGCGCUUUCUUUUCAGGUACCACCAUUGAGGUCUGUAGAUUCUUGUAGGAUGUUCUCUAGAUUUCUCUGAUCUGUUUUUUUCUCACUUCUCUCUCUUGUUUGCGCUUCAUACAUAUUUUUGUUGUUCCAAAAUUUCUUCUUUUUGAGGUUUGGUUUCAUCUGGAAAAUUUUCGCUGUUGACGUAUAUGAGUGGAAUGGACUUCCAUUACUUUACUUUUGCUAAACUCGACUUGGGUUUUGUUGAAGUUUGAAAAGUGAAGCUUCGUGGUGAUUUUAUGAUCGGUGAACUUUGGAAGUCUUGAUCAAAGCUAACAAAUCUGGUCUAUUAUUCUGGUGUUUUCGGGAGUUGUACUUUUUGCUACUAAGAUUUCGCUGUCUCUGGCAAAUGGUAUUAGGUGUCUACCUUGUUUACUGUUCACUCUAACUGACUAAAGGGAGAAAUGGAUGAAGAAAGAAGACAUCUUUAGGCGGAGUUGUGGUCGUUGUUGUUCUUUCGAUCUUUUAUUGCUGUUGCUGGAGGUGGUGGUGGUGGGGUUUAAGUUUGGGAUUUUCGUGACAACAAUUUCAAAGGGCCUCCUUAGGCUACUGUUAUGCUGAAGGCUAAGAAGCUCAAGAUAUUAAGUUUGAGCUGUGGAGGAGAUACUAGUAGUCGUAGUUCUUGUGACUGUUUGCAAGACAGCACAAGAAGGGAGAAGCUUAUCAGCAGAUGUUAUCCGUUGAAAACCCUCCACGAGAUCCUUCCCAAAUCUCACAACUGAAUUCUAGUAGUGAUGAGAAGGCUUCUUCUGAUAAGCAGCAGCCUCAUCCAGUAGAUCUGUUGAAAUCAGACCUUGAUGACCACAACAAAGACAUCCACAACCCAACCCCAAAAUUCUCCAUAAGGGAUUAUGUUUUUAACACCAGGGGCAAAGAUAUAAAGAACAGUUGGCCAUUCUCUCAAGAAAAUCUGCAACUUUGUUUGAAGCAUGGUGUGACGAACUUGUUACCUCCUUUUCAGUCUUCUGACACACUGAGAAACCCAUCGCUUGAGAGUUUCCAAGUUAGUAGCUUUUUGAGUGAGAAGGAAAAUACAAGCAAUUCGAAUGGGGAACCCUCUGGACAAUGUGAUCGUGUUGUGCUUGUUGACUCCAAGAACGCCGGAUGUAACCCAAAACUAGCUGAGGAUUGCUCGAAUACAAAUCCAAGUGGAUCUGAAGGAGACAAAGAGUUUCCGUCAACAAUUACAAGUCAAUCUUGUUCUGCAAUUGAUUCAGUUCCUACCAACAAGAGUCCUAGCUUGGAAUCGGAAACAGAUAUCUUGCCAGAAGUAUCGGUUGCAAAACCUGAGGUAAUUUCAUCUGCAGAGAAUACCAACACACAAGCGCCUGCUAAGAAGUGCAGACUGAUAGUCAAAUUGAGCAACAUAGCAAAUUCAAGCACAAAAGAAGAUACUGCAGUAAACAACUUUUUGGUUUCUGAAGCGAUGGCUUCGAAAAUUUGCCCAGUUUGCAAAACUUUCUCAUCAUCUUCGAAUACCACCUUGAAUGCCCACAUUGAUCAAUGCCUUUCUGGGGAAUCAACAACUAAGCGGACAACAAAUUCAAAGGUGAUUAAGCAUAGGGUAAAGCCCAGGAAGAUGAAGUCCAUGGUUGAAAUCUAUGUGACAGCCGCGCCAUGUACGUUGGAGGAGCUUGAUCGAAGAAAUGGGACAAACUGGGCCACAAACUCAAUUUUGCCUGCUCAAGAGGUUUCGACCUCUGUUCAUCAGAAAAAGGAAGGAUCAUCUCCCACUAAUCUUGAGGAGACUCCUGAUGAAGGUGCUGUCUACAUUGAUGCCAACGGUACAAAGGUUCGAAUUUUAUCGAAAUCCAAUGAUCCAUCAGUGUUCUCGAAGGUACUGAACGGUCAGCUACUGAAGAGAUCCAUAAAUCGAGAUAAGGUACAUAAACAUCUUUCAGCAAAGAAAAAGAAGAAGCAAAAUCAGGUUCAGAAACAGCGCAAGAUUCUGAAACACGGCAAAAAGAUUUGUCCCCAGUCUCAUCAUUCUUCUAAGGUCAAUAAGUAUCAAGAUAGAAACUUCUCUGAAGAGGAAGGCCUUGAGAAAGUGGAAUGCGUAAGACAGCGGAUCACAGCUCAGGGUGAGGUCAAAUUCAGUAGACCAGACAUGAUACAAGGGUGGGCAUGCUCAAAGCGAACUGGUCUGACCAAGAAGUUCAACGACAGGGAUGAUCAUCAGCAUUCUGGAAGUUGGGAUGAUAGGGACUUGGCACUGGAAAAUAAUCAGUUGUCCCUAUGUGAUUCUCGUGUAAAGAAGAGCUUUGAGAGAACUGAAAAAAUAUGUGAAAAUUCGCUUCCUUCUCCUAGUAGCAGCAAACGAAUUGAUAUUUCAUCAUCUCUUGAGCACAAUGAAGAUUAUAGGGAGCAGCUAAGAAAGAGACCGGGACCUUCUUCAGUGCAGUCUCAUGCCUCUCAUGACAGGAAGAGGUCUAAGGUGUUGCCGAGAUAUCCUGACAACAAAGUAAAGCAAACAAGGAGCAACGAACAUCAUAAUCAGGAAGAUCUUGUAUCAUUGCUGAGCAAGAGAAAAAUUGAGAUGAGUGCAGGUGUAGGUAGAAAUGCUGAUCAUCCUGUUGUUGACCCAAAAGUAUCUGCUAAAGCUAGGAGGUUUUCAUCAUUGAGGAAGAAGCUACCAACUGGUCGGAAAUCUAUGCCCGCCUCCAAAUUUAAUUUGAAGGGUAAGUGUUCACCUUCUAAGAAGUUUAGGGAUGGGGAUAAAAUUGAAAGGACUUGCCACAUAGAAUCUGUUGAGGGAAAUGGGGUCUCAAGAAUUAGAAAAAGUGGAGGGGGGAGCAUGGUAUCCAGAAAGGAGGAAACCAUGGCUUUGAAGAUUUCACAUUCAGAGUCAAUGUCUUAUCAUUAUGAUGCUGGGGAUCACGAUAGUUCUUUUAAGCUUGCUAGUCUGACAGCAGGUAAAUGUGGUGUUGCGGAGUCUGCUGGAAAGGACAUUUGUCAUGCUCAUGCGGAAAAGUUUGAUAUUGAGCCACCCUCUGAAGUUGCUUCUGGGAGAACAUUUAUGGAUUUUAGAAACUCUUUGGAUGCUGGAUUCCAUGGGCUGGCUGGUUCAUCUGAUGCACACCAUGACUCGCAUAGAUUUAUUGAGGCAUACAAGGAAGCUCCUCUUUUUGAAGCUGAAGCUCCAACUACUUCAGCUGAGCCAAUUUUGAAUGGUGGGCCGGAGAUGUUUUCUGUAGCUGAAGUACCCGAGCAUAUGAUUAGGGAGGAUGUGCAUGUGAUGGCGGAGCCAGACUCUAGCGAUGGGCAUGGGAAUUAUUUCACUGAGGUUGAUCCAAUACCCAUACCAGGACCCCCAGGAUCCUUUUUACCUAGUCCAGGGCAUAUGGACUCGGAAGAUAUUCAAGGCAAUUCAUCAUUAACCUCGAGCAGGGUUCAGUCUUCUGAUGAUCAUCAAGAGUUAGUUGACCAUUCAUCAGAUUCUCCUGUUUCUGCAACUUCAACGAUCUCAAACUCUAAUUUGGCAAGAUCUGAUUCAAAAUCUUCAGGAAAGUUGUCGGUAGGGCAUCCUCCUUUUUUGGAUGAGAUGCGAUCUGGUUGCAUUUCUGCUGCUAAUGGUGAUCCUAGUCUGGAAAAUUCUUCAGCAGCUCUGAAGCCCAGUGAUGCUGGAAUACAAAGAGUUAGUCUCGACGAGCUGAAAGUCAGUUCUUCCAUCACAGAAAAGGGGGCAUUCAGAUUUAGUAGUGAUCAGCCUUGUUGUUGCUCACGAAAAGAAGGAUUCACACAAAAUGUUUCUUUGCGCAAUCAAGAAUCACAACUUUUACGGAGACGUAGCACGGCUGCAGCCAUAGUUCCUGCCAGUGGAAAGGAAUUGGCUGGUGAUAUUGACAGAAGUUUGGACAGUUUGAGGUCUGAAAUAUCAUCUAUCAGUGGCCUAAGUCCAAGACCUGAGACUGCUGUUAGAUCAACUAUGGGACAUAGUCUUUCGAGAAUUUCUGCUGAUUCUGAUGUUAAGUUCCCGAAUCGUGAUGACAGUGAAUCUUGCUGCCCAUCUGCUUCCAAUCCUGUUCUCAGGCUCAUGGGGAAGAAUUUAUUGGUUGUCAAGAAGGAGGAAAGCAUCUCCCCACAGAUUAAACCAUGUCAGUUGAGUUCUAUGAUUAGCCAUACAAACCCACCAGUUGUAGCACUUUCAGGAGUCUCUGUUGGCAAUGCUCGCAUUGAUAACCAGCGUAUUGGUCAUCAUAUGGUUUCGCAGAGUCCCUUUUAUACUGAUCAGGCAGAAAGUAGGAAAGAAGUUAUGCAACAUCCUGAGAUGAGGUGGUCUGAUGGGUUAGGAAGUCAUGAUAAUAGGGGAAUACUUCAUUUGUCUCCUCUUGCAUCCCAAGCUGCCCUUUCGAGUAGAGGUGCAGUGAGAGGAGGUUUCAUGGGAACCUCAAUGCAUCAUGACUAUAUGGCUGGAUGCCACUUGACCAUUGAAAAACGUCAACCACUAAACAGACUGGACUCUUCAAUCAUUUGCGAUGCCGAUAAAUUUGUGGAAAGUUCCAACUUUAGAUGGAGGAGUGCAAAUACUACUGCAAAUGCUAUUAAGGAAAUCAUAGUUAUUGAUGAUACUCCUGAAAAUGAGGUUAAUUCAACUGUUGCAACUCACAGUGAAGGCAUGAUACACGGUAUGGGAUCAUGUUCAGGUGGCAAACAAAUAAUGAUGGCCUCAGCAUGUGAUUCACGGCAUGCGAGUAGUUUCCAUAGUUAUCAGCAAUUCGAGCCAGCUACUUUCAACGAAUCAUCAGUUGAUGCGAGUUUCUGGAUGCCACCUCCCAGUCCCAGCGGAGUAGAGAAAAGUGCUGUUAAGUGGAAUUGGACCCCCGAAGGUUCAAAUUCAUUGCAUGCAAGUCCCUUAGCCUCUGCCGCUCAACAGCGAUCUAAACUGUAUAGUUCUUCCAACUUUUAGUGGCCUGCAAGGUUCACCAAGUGUAGUCAGUUACAUGCAGCAGGUGCUUGGCUGGGAAUCAACAUGUGCUGAAAUAUCAAGAUCAUGUCCCUUGAUUGCAGAAGCUUCAGUGAUUAGGAAAUGCAUGGAGUAUGGCAGGUUGAUGAGAGAACCAGCAAUGAUGACAGAUGAGUUCUUCAAUUGGGUUCUACUUUAGUAUUGUUGCUAAAAGUUGUAGGAGUACUCAAAAAAAGUUUGAUAGGUUUAAGCAGUUUUCUGAGGCUUCUCUGUAGCAACUCUUGAAUUUCCCAAAGGCAAAUGGCAAAUGCACAAGCAACAUUUGAAUAACGAGUUAACCUAAGCAAACUGAAAAGUUAAUGGGAGGUGCAUGUUUGCAUUUUAUGA